CACCAGGUGUCUUCUGACUAAUAGACAGGGAAGUGGUUAGUGGAGAUCGGAGUGACGUGAGACUGAGCACAGGAGCUGACACUCUACUUGAGACGUUUGGUAUUUCCACAAGAACUGACUUUACUGUACUGAAGGAAGAUGGCUGACAAGGUGCUGGUAACUGGCGGUGCUGGGUACAUUGGAAGUCACUGUGUUUUGGAGCUGUUAGAGGCUGGAUAUCAUCCUGUUGUGAUUGAUAAUUUUCACAAUGCUAUCCGAGGUACAAACAACCUUCCUGAGAGCCUGUACAGAGUGCAAGAAAUUGUAGGUAAAAAUAUCGAAUUUGAAGAGGUGGAUCUGCUGGACCGGAAAGCUUUGGAUAGUCUGUUUAAAAAGCAUAAGUUUUCAGCAGUUCUGCACUUUGCAGGCCUCAAAGCAGUUGGGGAGUCUGUACAAAAACCUCUGCUGUAUUACAAGGUGAACGUGACAGGCACCAUUCAACUCCUAGAGGUGAUGAAUUCUCAUGGAGUGAAAAAUCUGGUAUUCAGUAGCUCUGCCACAGUUUAUGGUGAUCCAGAAUAUCUUCCCAUUGACGAGAACCAUACAGCUGGAGGUUGCACAAAUCCUUAUGGGAAAACCAAAUACUUUAUUGAGGAAAUAAUAAAAGAUCAGUGCAAAGCUGAGCAGGAUUGGCGUGCUAUUCUCUUGAGAUAUUUUAACCCCAUCGGUGCUCAUGUGUCAGGACAGAUUGGUGAGGAUCCUCAGGGAAUUCCAAACAACUUGAUGCCAUAUGUUUCUCAGGUGGCAGUAGGACGCCGGGAAUAUCUGAAUGUAUUUGGAAACGAUUAUAACACUCCUGAUGGGACAGGUGUUCGAGACUACAUCCACAUUGUCGAUCUGGCUAAAGGUCACAUAGCUGCUCUCAAGAAGCUGGAAACCACCAAAGGGAGUAAAGUGUAUAAUCUGGGGACCGGAGUUGGCUAUUCUGUGCUUCAGAUGGUUAAAGCCAUGGAGAAAGCUUCUGGAAAAGAGAUACGAUAUAAAAUAGCUGAGCGCAGAGAAGGUGACAUUGCUACAUGCUAUGCUAAUCCUGCACUAGCUGAAGCUGAACUUGGCUGGAAAGCAGACUAUGGACUUGACAGAAUGUGUGAGGAUCUGUGGCGCUGGCAAUCCCAGAAUCCCUCGGGCUUCAGUAAAGAACCAUAAGCAAGCACUGGACAAAUUCUUGUCAGGAUCAAUGAUGCAGCUUCCUCAGUUAUUUUGGGGGUCUAGAUUGUUAAACAUUGCCAUUAAUAUUAUGGGGUAGAGCGCAAUAUGUACUGCACAUUAUAUUUUCCACCAAUUGAAAUAAACCUCAGGUCUUACCUCAUAUUGGAUCAACAAUGUAUCCGUAAAAACUCCUACCUCACUUGUCUUUUGAUUUGCAAAUGACAAGCUCUGAUUCAGAGAGAAAGGAGGAGACCUUGUAUUUAGUAAAAAAUUAAAAUAUCUGGGGGAGGCUCACUAUUACUAAAUGCUGAGACUAUUCCGUUAUAAUAUCCAGAUUGUCUAAAUACAAUAUUUUAAGGAGACUUGAAAAUGAAAUAUUUGAUACCGCUUAAUUUAUGAUGCUUCUUUUAAAAUAUUUUUCUUUUGUAAUUUACACUUUCUAUUAAAUGGUGAUAUGAAUAAAAAAA